AUGUCAUCGUCAUUGAUCUUCUCAUUUGGCUUUCUUUUUUUAUUCAUCAUAUGUAUCUCAUGUACGCCAAUAUAUUUUUCUGCUCAUAAUGAUGGCGGUAAUCAAGGUCUUUAUGGUCAAUUGAAUAGCAACGAAGAUGAUGAUCAUAGCCCAGUAAUGAUUUAUCCAAUAUAUUCAAAGGUUCAUAAUUUCCGAAGAUCACCUUCAUAUUAUCCACGUAACGUUCAUAAUUCAUGGUUUCGUGUAGCAACUUAUCAACAUAUGAAACCAACUGCUGAAGCCGAAGAUAAACCUAAUAGUGAUAAUCUCUUGCGAUGGGGAUAA